ACCACUAGUUGCAUAAAGAUAUUUAUAUUUCAGAUAUGACGUCGUCUCACCAGUCUACUCGGUAGUACGGCUGUCUAGGACUAGUUACUAUUUAAACCACCUCAUGUUCCAUCCUCAAUCAUCUCCCCUUCACUAAACGCAAUGCCUUCCGUCCUCUUCGUGCCUGGGGCCUGGUGCCCCCCUAGCCUCUUCGACCCUGUCCGCCUCUGUCUCGCAGCUAAAGGCAUUUCCUCAUCUGCUAUCGCGCUCCCAUCUGUUGGCGGAACCACUGCGACGCUUGAUGAUGACAUUGCCGCUGUCCGCGCCGAGCUGCUCAAGUACAUCGACGAGAAGGGAGAAGAGAUCAUACUCGCCGCACACUCAUAUGGCGGCGUGGUCGCCUCGGGCGCAGCCGAGGGGUUGACGAAGAAUGACUAUGAAGGAAAAGGGAAAAGGGGCGGCGUCGUGCGUAUUGUCUAUAUGGCUGCGUUUGUUGCGCCGAAGGGAGCAAGUAUGAAGCAGCUGUUUGGUGGAGAAUUCCCUCCGAGUAUGAGGGUAGAGGAUGAUCGAGUGUAUGCUGUUGGUGGCGCUGAUCUCGUCUUCCACGACAUCCCACCUGAGGAACAGACAAAAUGGCUGAGUGUUCUUACAUAUUCAUCGCUUGCCUCCUUCAAUGGGCCGGCCACAUAUGAGCCCUGGCACACCACUCCAUCAGCAUUUAUUAUCUCGGAAGAGGACCAUGCGUUUCCCCCGGCGGUGCAGGAGCAGAUGGCGCAGGCUCUCGGCACAGAAUCAGUAUAUCGGGUCAAAGGCUCGCACUCGGCGUUUCUGAGCCAACCAGAGAGAGUGGCGGAGAUUCUGGAGGAAUUGAGCAAGUAGGAUACUGGGCUGUGAAUUACAUUAAUACAGCCAGGGAUUGAUAGAUGGGCAUGGAUAUGAUUUUGAGAUAUAUCUAUGGGAUUUAAAUCUACUCUAUAUAUAAGUCUAUGAAGCAGAUCUCAUAUUUUAUAUACUUACUAAACCGAGACUGGCUAAACCUGACCCAGAGAACCUGGGUUUCUAUAACGCAAAUCUUAUAUUUUAUAUACUCC